AUGAACUAUCUUGGCCAAGACGUCCUUAUCUCGUUCUUGAGAGAAAAAGAAAAUUGGUCAUAUAUCGAUUUCUUAGCCUUCCACCACGAUGACAUUGUCAAGUUGGAACGUUCACAAAAUGUAAUUAAGCUGAAACGUUAUUGGAAGGAGAUAGUUGCAGAACGAAAAAAGGGGCCUGGUAAAAAAGGAAAAGGAAAGGAAAACAUUAAUGUCGAAGAAACCUCGACUCAGCCUUUAAAUGUGAGAGUACUUAGAAAAAGAAAUCCUAUUAAUUAUUCUGAAGCCGAUUUUUCCGACGUCGAUUCUCAUGUAAAUGUUGUGGAGAAGAGA